GGCACCUGCGAUUGCGCAGCAUUGACACCGCUUCCGCAUUCCUUCUUCCAAUCACCUUUCACCCCGCCCCGCUCCUCAACGCUCCGCCUCCGUUGCCCCUAGCGUCUGUUUGUUGACUUCCGUGAGCACAGCAGUGGUCGAUGCCAAGAGGGUCGCGAUGGGGUUCUCGGGGGCUACGGCAGUACCUUAGGCCCAACCGAAUUGCCCCUACUGUCUUUCAGAGACAGACUCACAUUUCCUUCACAGUCUUCGGCAUGGCGGAGCCUGAGUGGCUGGUGCCAGACACUGGUGCUGUGUUUACAUUCGGAAAAACUAAAUUUGCUGAAAACAACCCUAGCAAAUUCUGGUUUAAAAAUGACAUACCCAUAUGUCUUUCAUGUGGAGAUGAACAUACUGCUAUUGUUACAGGAAAUAAUAAACUUUACAUGUUUGGCAGUAACAACUGGGGUCAGUUAGGAUUAGGAUCAAAGUCAUCUAUCAGCAAACCAACAUGUAUCAAAGCUCUUAAGCCUGAAAAGGUGAAACUUGCUGCCUGUGGAAGGAACCACACCUUAGUUUCAACAGAUACAGGCAGUAUAUAUGCAGCUGGAGGAAAUAAUGAAGGACAGUUGGGGCUUGGUGAUACUGAUGACAGAGACACUUUUCAUCAAAUUGGCUUCUUUACAGCUAACAAUAGCAUUAAACAGCUCUCUGCUGGCACUAAUACAUCAGCUGCACUAACUGAGGAUGGAAAACUUUUUAUGUGGGGUGACAAUUCUGAAGGACAGAUUGGCUUAAAAAACAAAAGUAAUGUGUGUAUACCUCAUGAAGUGACUGUCGGGAAGCCAAUUUCAUGGAUCUCCUGUGGAUAUUACCAUUCAGCUUUUGUAACAACUGACGGAGAACUAUAUACAUUUGGAGAACCUGAGAAUGGAAAAUUGGGCCUUCCCAAUCAGCUGCUGAUCAAUCACAGGUCACCCCAGCGCGUGGUGGGAAUUCCCGAGAAGGUGAUUCAAGUAGCCUGUGGUGGAGGGCACACUGUGGUUCUCACAGAAAAACUUGUGUAUGCUUUUGGCCUGGGACAGUAUGGUCAACUGGGACUUGGCACUUUUCUUUUUGAAACAUCAGAACCCAAAAUCAUUGAUCGUAUUAAGGAUCAGAAAAUAAGUUAUAUUUCCUGUGGAGAAAACCAUACAGCCAUGAUGACCGAUAUAGGGCAUAUGUAUACUUUUGGAGAUGGCCGACAUGGAAAAUUAGGACUUGGAAUGGAGAAUUUUACCAAUCAGUUCUUUCCUACUUUGUGCUCUAACUUUUUGAAAUUUACAGUUCAAUUGAUUGCCUGUGGUGGAUGUCACAUGCUAGUUUUUGCCACUCCACGACUUACUUCAGCAGAUGACCCUGAAUAUGAAGAGGCAUAUGAGCCUUACCUAAAUACAUGUUCUUUGGCCAUAAGUGACCUCUCCCCAGGAACUUCUUUAUCAGCACGUUUGCGUCGAAGAGAGCGGGAGAGACCCACAUGCCCUACUUCAAUGAUGGGAACACUGCCUCCAUUAGAGGGGACUUCUGCCUCCGUUUCAACUUCUCAUUUUCCCCCUAAUUCAAUCCCUUUCCGUUCAUCUGUGAAUAGUUACCAAGAGAAAAGCCUCUCGGACUCCAUGGAGCCACUAGGCUCAGAUUAUUAUGAAGAUAAAAUGAACAAAGAGACAGAGACAGACAAUUCUUCUGCAGUAGAUUCAGAAAACUUAGGUGAAACUACUGAUGUCUUAAAUAUGACACAUAUGGUGAGCCUGAGUUCCAGUGAGAAGUCAUUAAAAUUUUCACCAGUUCAAAAUUUUCAACAGAAUCAAGACACGGUUGAGAAAGUGAUGGAAAGUACAGCUUAUACUGAAAAUGAGGAUAGUUAUGAAUAUGAAGAAAUGUCAAAAAUAAAAGAAGGGACAUUAUACAAACAAUAUUUAGCAAAAGGGAUCUUCAUGGUACGAGCAACUGAGAUUAUGGAAGCAUUUUCAGAUGAGGACGUAGAUAAUGACCUAGACCAUGUGGGGUCUGAGGUCAACACUGAUGAAGAGGGCUUACAAAAAGAGGAAAUAGAAAAGGAAAGUGAUGAAGAAAUAGUCUCUGAGAAGCAAACUGAGGCGAUGAGAAUGGCAGGUAUGAAAAAUACUUUAAAAGAGGAAGAGAACGCAAGACCAGAUUCCGAUUUUGAUGACUUACCAGAUAAAGACAUGAAUUCUGAAACUGAAGAGGCUAAAGAUAUUUCUCAGGAAAGGAAAAGCAGUGAGCACAGUUUGAUUUUUGACAGUGAAACAGAAAUGGUAGAAGAACCAGACAGUUACAUGGAAUGUGAAAGGCACAGUCAGCAAGACAGAGCUAAGGAGUUGGAGCAACCCAAGCCAAUAGAACCUAGCAGUGAAGAGAAAGAUGGCGAUGAACUGGAGCUUGAGUCUUACUUAUGGUACAGCAGGAGUUGUGCCGAGCAAGGAAGUGAGACUGAGAACAGAGCAACCAGAUUUGUUUCAAAAUAUGAUCUUAAGCAUGACCACUUGUCAGGGAUACCAGAGGAACAGGAAGGACCAGAUGAUUCAGAAGGGAGUGUAGAAGUGGAGCAAUUGGUACAGGUUCAAGAGGAAGACGUGGAAUUGGAAUCAGAAAUGGAGGGGGCAGAAGCAGAAACCCUGUCAGACAUCUUUACAGAAAAAUCGGUGAGUGAAAGUAAAGAAGAGUCAAGGGGAGAGGUAGAGGAUGGCUCUGAGGGUAAAAGGGAUCAAAUCUGUAAGAAGGGUAGUUUAGGAGCAGGGCAGUGGCAACAGGUACAGGAAAAACAAGAGAGAAAGAAAGGUAAGAGUAAAGCAGAAAGGUGUAUCUCAGUUAUGGAAAGGACAGAAGAAGAUGAAAGAUGGGAGAAAAAGGUAGAAGGAGGAGAGAAAAUGGAGAGAGGUGAAGGAAACAUAGAAGAAAGAAACCAAGAAAUGGAAGAGGAUGAAGGAAAGGAACAAGAGGAAGGGGAGGAAGAAGAGCCAGAAGGGGGAGAAGAAGAAGGAGAGGAAGAGGAAGAGGAAGGAGAAGGCACAUCAGAGGAGAAAAGUGGGGAGGAGGAACUAGAUGGGAAAGAGAAAGAAAGGGAAAGGGAAGGGAAGGGAGGGCAAGAAGAUGAGAAAGAAGGGUGGAAGGAAGAAGAGGAGGAAAUAGAAGAGGAAGAAGGGGAAGGAGAGGAAGAGAAAGGGAAGGAGGAAGAAGAAGAUGGGCCAGAUGAUGAAGGAGAGGAGCUAGAAGAGGAGGAAAUAGAGGAGCUGGAAGAGGAGGAAGGGGAGGAGCUUGAAGAGGAGGAGGAAGGGGAGCAUCUAGAAGAGAAGAAAGAGCUGGAAGGGGAUGAAGGAGAGGAGUUAGAAGAGGAAGGAGAGGAGCUGGAAGAGGAGGAAGGAGAGAUUGUGGAGGAAGAAGGGGAUGAGGAGGAAGAGGGACAAGAAGAGGAGCAAGGAGAGGAGGAAGAAGAGCAGGAAGGAGAGGACCUGGAAGAGGAGGGAAGAGAGAGUGCAGAGGAAGAAGGGGAUGAGGAGGAAGGGGGACAAGGAGAGGAAGAGGGGGAAGAAAAAGAAAGGGAAGAAAAUGGAAGGUAUGUGGACAACAAUGAGGAAGAAGACUCAUAUAACAGGGAAGGAGAAUACAAGAAGGUAGGUAGAAAAACAGCUGACAAUAAAAGUCAGGAAGAUAGAAAACGGUCCCCAAAAGUACAUAAAAUAAAAGGGUUUAUGAAACAUGGCACACAUGGAAUGUAUUCAAAAAAGUCCACUACUUACCCAGGGAGAUGGGGGAAAGAGCAGAGGUCUAAAAUGCCAGUAGAGUCAAAACAAAUUUUAGAGAAUGGGCUCCCAGGUUCCAAAAAAUUCUGGAAUGACAUUUUACCACUUUAUUUGGAAUUGAAGUAACAGACUAAAUUUGACCUGAUUAUGGCCAGUGAAGCAAUUUGCAUGCCUUGUGCAUAAUAGGUAUGCUCAUUACAUUUUAUUAAGCUGAUCUGUUACUAUGGUACUUUUACAUGUAGUUAAAAAACAGCCAUUGUCAUUUGUACUAAGGUAUCAAAGGCAACAGGAGACAUUGUUAAGUCUUGAUUCCUUCCAAACUCAUAUCUUGUGUUCUGCCACCAAAAUUACUAAUCUAUAACUAGAAAAUAUUAAACUGUUGUACUUAACAUUGUAUAUUCCUUACAAAUGACAGUUAUAUACUAGAAACAUACUAUAAGUAUAUAAAAGUUAGUACAUACUAUAAGUAUAUAUAAGUCAGUAUUUUUAUAUGCAUGUACUAUAUGUAUAUAAAAUCAGUAUUUUUAAAACAAUGUAGAUAUGUAAGGGCUAUUAAAACUUCUGAUUUGUAAAAAAUAUUCCAGUACCCCUUUUCAGCCUCUACCACCUAAAAUAUUUUUAUAAGAAUUGAUGAUGGGGCUGGAGAGAUGGCUCAGAGGUUAAGAGCAUUGGCACUUAACCUCUGAUCAAUUCCCAGCAACCACAUGGUGGCUUAACAACCAUCUAGAUCUGGUGCCCUCUUCUGGUGCACAGGUAUACAUGCAGACACAACAUUGUAUGUAUAAUAAUUUUUUUUUAAAAAAAAGGAAUUGAUGAUAAUUUAAAACUCAGAUGAGGAAUUCCUAUUUUAAGGAAAUGGUAUUUGUCCCAUUACUUUUUUGUCCCCUUUGAUAAAGGUCUAUAAAGCGACAGCUGUGUUCAAGGCUUAGAAGCUACUGUAAUUAGAAGCUCUUGUAAUUGCUGCUGAGGCAUAUGACAGAAUAGCUUAUGGAAUGAGUGAGCUUAAACACAUAACAUAGGGGCUCAUAGAAAUUUAAAUGUUUCAAGAAAGAAAAUUAAACAUUAAAAUUUCCUUUUCUGCGCUUAAACGUUAUGACUUUAAUGCCGCUUGUCUUCUUUAGUCUUAAAUCUCUGAACUCUGUAUUAACUCUACCAUUAGAGAUUUCAUUCUUACUAUGAGUAUUAUGUGUUUUCAUUGUAUUUUCAUUGGCUUUUGUAAUUGUUUGUUUCCACUCAGUAUGUUUCAAUUGAAAUAAAGAUUAAAUUUAUACACUCAGUAUUGUUUGUGAAAAGAAAAACUGAAUCUUUGAGAAGCCAGGUUUCACUAGACUUAUAUAAUGUAGCUAGUUUGAUUGUGUAUUCUUAGCUUCUUUUUGAAGUGAUUACCUUUCUUAGCCUGUUCCAUGCCUUGGGUCUGAGUGAUUUUUUACCCUUUUUCAAAGAAGAUUUUCAUGAUAACUUUUGUAAAUUUUGUGUCGUUGAACUCUACACAUUUGAUUCUCUGUAAUAAUGGGCAUGAGAUGAACACUGAUAAUCAAAUGAAGUAGCAUAAAGUAGCAUUUCCUUAGAGCAAUCUGCAAGUUAUAACUUGCAUCAGAGAUAUUUGGUAGUAUCUCCUGAAUAAUGGAUUGCAUUGAUUUGACAUUGCAGGCCUUGGCCAAAGUCUACCAUUCAUUGUUUGUAGAGUAGAAUUAAUGGUGUCAUAAAGUAUGUGUACCAAAGAUAAUUAUUAAAAAAUAGAUUUGGAAUGAUUAAAUAAGAGGGAUGGCAGGAAUGAAGGUCAUAAAUUCUUAAGAGAAUGUCAGAGAGAUAAGAAUCUAAAGUUCCAGUUAUUAAUUUCAAAGGAAGGGGCAUUAGUCUGCCCUGAAGUAAAUCAGCCAGGAGGGACGAAGUCAUGUUCUAAAGUUUCACUAUUUGAACUGACAGAGAUAGCCACUUUUAAACAGCAUUUCUGACCAGUUUCUUUGCAUUUCCCUGCUCCAAAACUUGUGGCAUUCUGUAAAAGUAGUAGCUCCUACAAGUUACAGUCAAAAGAGCACUUUACAUAGCUCUUUGAGUCCAGAACCCUACUUAUAAUUUGUGCUUUCAAGCUGUAUGAAGUUAUAACAGCUUCUUUGCCUUUGUAAGUGCCCUUUUGUCCCCUAGAAAUAAACAGGAUUAGAUUGGGAGACCUAAGUAAUUCCAUAGGAACAACAUUGUUAGAGCUCUGUAACACUAGAAUUUCUGCUAUCCCUAUUCCCAAUUUAAAAAGAAGCCUUACGUUUAGUCACAAGAAUCACCUAGUCUUCAAGCAAAUGAACAGUUGUAUGGAAGUGAGCAAUAGCCCUAAACAAAACAUGCUAACUUUCUGUGCCAAGUGUUCAGCUAACAAAUAUUAAAUCACACAUUGUGACAGGUCUUAUAUCCUCUAAAGCUUAUGGAUAAGAGUUUGUUGGUGGUUAGUGAUACAGUGAGAUGGGGUAUAAAAUAAUGCAAACUUUCUUAAGAAGAUGGUACUACACACACACACACACACACACACACACACACAUAUAUCAUCAUUAGGGAAAAAGAAAAGUGAGUGAAAAAUAAGACCACUCGAUCCCUCAUGAUUUGACAGCUCUUUGCAUAGAUUUCAAUAGCUAGACUCUUCUUCAUUUUGUUUUUGAGACAGUUUCUUAUAGCCUAGGCUUGUUUUGAAAAUAUCUUGUUUACCAAGUAACCAUGAAUGGCCUUGAACUUCUGAUCCUUCUCUCUCUACCUCUGCAGUGUUGGGAUUAUAGGCAUGGUAAAUUAGCUAGUUGCUCAAGUGUUUGCUUUAAUUCACUGACCAUUACAGGGAGAAAUAUGAGGUAUUUUUAUAUGUGGUAGCAUCCCUUAAGUUACAGUUUCAUAAUGUACUCUGGCAAAAAGAGACUUUCAGGUAAGCUGCAGAGCAUCUACAGCUGCUCAACAAUAGCCCUCAAGGUGAGUAAGGCUGUUUUGAUUGAUGAUGAUUCACUGUAGAGAUCAGGUUUUUAAAUUUUUAUUUUAUUUUUAUUAAUUACAGUUUAUUCACUUUGUAUCCUAGCAUAAGCCCAUUGCCCCAUCCUCUCCCAAUUCCACCCCCUCCCUCUUCUUCUGUGCUCCUCCCCCAGUCCAAUGAUAGGGGAGGUCCUCCUCCCCUUCCAUAUGACCCUAGUCUAUCAGGUCUCAUCAGGACUGGCUUUAUUCUCUUCCUCCUGGCCUGUUAAGGCCACUCCCCACUCAGGUGGAGGUGAUCAAACAGCCAGCCCCUGUGUUCAUAUCAGUUUUUAUAUGUAUGUGCUCACUCCCACCAACUCAUUAAUGAAGGAAGGUGCCAUAAUUUUUUCCUUCAUUCUUUUCAUUGUGAAAAUUCAGUGUCAUAUGACAUGAUUAGUUUCUACCGUAUAGCUUAAUGUCUUGUACAUAUUAAAAUCAAGUAUUUAUGUAUCUGGCACCAAAACAUGGGUGUACUUCCUCAAGUCAGAUAGACCUCAAGAAGUGAGGGAAGGUAAUAAUCCACCUCCCAUGGCCCUCUUUUCCCCUGUCUUAACCGCCAAGAAGACUAAAGAACACUUGGAAACACUAAGGUGCCCCUACCAUGACUUUUUAUUGUUUUUUCUUCUUAUUUAUGUUUUUUUCUUUUUUCUUUUUAUUAAUUACAGUUUAUUCACUUUGUAUCCACCCUGUAUCUCCCUCCCAGUCCUACCCUCCCUCUUCCCCACCCUUGUCUCUCUCCCAGUCCACUGAAAAGGGAGGUCCUCCUCCCCUUCCCUCUGAUCCUAGUCUAUCAAGUCUCAUCAGGGGUGGAUGCAUUGCCUUCAUUUGUGACCUGGCAAGGCCUUCCCCCCUCAAAGGGAGGUGAACAAAGAGCAGGCCAAUCAGUUCAUGUCAGAGACAGUCCCUGUCCCCAUUACUAUGGGGCUCACUUAGAUAAUGAACUGCCAUAGGCUACCUCUGUACAAGGGUUUCAGGCCGUCUCCAUGAUUAGUCCUUGGCUGGAGUAUCAGUUUCAGAAAAGACCCCUGUGCCCAGAAUUUUUGGGUCUGUUGCUGUCCUUAUGGAGAUCCUUUCCUCACCAGGUCUUUCUAUCUCCUACUUCUUUCAUAAGAUUCCCUGCACUCAGCCCAAAGUUUGGCUAUGAGUCUUAGCAUCUGACUCGAUACCCUGCAGGGUAGAGCCUUUCAGAGGCCCUCUGUGUUAGGCUCCUGUCCUGUUCCCUGUUUUCUCCCUCCUUUGAUGUCCAUCUUUUUUGCCAUUUUGAAUGGGGAUUGGUCAUCUUAUCCAGCUUCCUCUUUCCUGAUUAGCUUCCUUAGGUGUACAGAUUUUAGUAUGUUUAUCCUGUAUUAUAUGUCUAGUAUCCACUUAUGAGUGAGUAUAUACCCUGUGUGUCUUUCUGCUUCUGGGAUACCUCACUCAGGAUGAUCUUUUCCAGUUCCCACCAUUUACGUGCAAAUUUCAUGAUUUCCUUGUUUUUUUGUUUUGUUUUGUUUUUUUUCCCCCUCCCAAUCCCACCUUCCCAUCCUCAUCUCCUCCCUGCCCCUUUCCAAGUCCACUGAUAAGGGAGAACCUCCUUCCUUUACAUCUGAUACUGGCUUAUCAGGUGUCUUCAGGACUGGCUGCAAAGUCGUCCUCUGUGGCCUAGCAAGGCUGCUCCUUCCUGGGGCAGGGUCAAAGAGCCCACCAUCGAGUUCAUGUCAGAAACAGUCCCUGUUCCCUUUAUUAGGGUACCCACUUGGAUACUGAGCUACCAAGGGCUACAUCUGAGCAGGGGCUCUAGGUUGCAUCCAUACAUGGUUCUUGUCUGGAGAAACAGUCUCAUAAAAGACCCCUGUGCCCAGAUAUAUUUGGUUCUUGUGGAACUCCUGUCCUCUCCAGGUUGUCUUAAUUAUGUUUUUAACUAUUUCUCGAUAGUCCUGUUUAUUUUCCACUCCUGUCUCCUUAGCAAAAGCUGCCCUGAGAUGAAAAUUCAACUCCAAACUGCAUGUAUUCUUUGCUUUCUAAAAACAGACUAACUAAAGAAAAGAAAGGUUUUGUGUUUUGGAUAUGCAUGGGGAUUCUAUAAGCUAACAGGAAAUUCAUUAGUAAAAUAGUAUGUUAACAGAGUAACUACAGCUCCAGUAUAAACAGGUUGAAAAUGAACUUGCCAGGAGUGAGUAGGGAUACUUUGAAAUGAGUCAUGUUAAAUAGAACUUAACCAGCAAAGUGCCUUAUAUCCUCAUAUAAGUUGUUACAGGUAAAAGAAUAUGUUGACUACACUUGAGGUUUUUUACGGUUAUUGUGCUGGCAGGCAAUUGAAUGAUUUGAAACAAGGAAAACUAAAGUCAGAAAUGGUAGUUAGGAGCCAGUUACAGUACAACAGGUAAAGACUGAAGUAGACAUGGGAUAGAAUGGUGGGUAUGGGGAUAUGUAUCAAGGAGUUGGAGGACUUAGGACAAAGAUGUAGGUGGGAGGGAAGGGGAGCAUGAUACCUUUCUUCUGGCCUAGGGAAGAAAGGCAGAAAGAAUGCUGUUCACAGCAAAUAAGGAAGUAAGAACAGUCCUGAGAAGACUGUUCUGCAUUUGCUAGCUUUUGAUGGUCUCCAGGAGAUGGGCAGUGUGUGGGUCAGCAUAUGUGUCUGGAGCUCAAUAGAGGUUGCUGGGGAUCACUAGCUUAUUCAUGUAAUUAGCCAAGCUAGUGAAAGCACUCCUCUUGUGAAUAGACCAUUUUAGGCAGUAUUCAGGGAAAACAUCAGUAAGUGCACUGUGCUUAGACACAGUGGUUCUCAACCUGUGACCCUUUUGGGGGUCCUAUAUCAGAUACCCUGUUCAUAACAGUGCCAAAAUUACAAUUAUGAAAUAGUUUUAUGGUUGGGGUCACCACAAAACAGGGUACUGUAUUAAAGGGUCACAGCAUUAGGAAGAUUGAGAACCACUUUAUAAGAGUAAGAGAAUAGUAAUGAAGUUGAAGAAUGAAACUUAGAGAAAACAUGAAGGGUACAUUCUGAGAAAGAAAAAUGGCCACCCAAGCUGAGAAGGGGUAUGAAGAAGAAUUGAUAGCAGCAAAGCAGCAUCUUGGGGUGGCUGGAUGUAGAGCCACCAACACAGGAAGUCUGUUUUGCACAAAAAUAGAAUCUGAACUACACUUACAUCCUGAAAAUUAUCAGACAGCAUUGCUGGCAUGGUUCUCAGAUUAGGAAGGGAGAUGUACAAUGCAGUCUUGAAUACUCAGGAUAAAACUUCCUGAGUGAAUUGGCAGUUGAUAUAGACACAUAAGAAAUGAUGUUCUUGUUGGGAACUUAGAAAAUAAAGUAAUCUUCAAUAACUGAAACAUCAGUGAGUGGGGGAAACAUGGAUCUUAAGAUCUUCAAAUUAUUUGUACAUAUUUGGGGAAGACCAGAGCCCUUAAAUCCAACAAUUCUGAACUCAAACCCUUAUAGAUAAUGGAAAAGAACUUGAACUUUUAGUGUUCACAGCACACAGAACUUGAUCCCAUUCAUAUGGUUAGCCUAAAAUGUAUGACUACAAAAAAGAAAUAGAUUGUCCGCAGAAAUAGAAGAAUGCUAUAGAAUGAUCUAAAAAUGAGAAUAAGAAUGCACGCCACUACAAUAUACAGUACUCUGAAUACUACAUUCACAUUUGUACUCUUGCUUCUCAAACUGGAAUAUAUACAAUAUAGGUACAGUAAAGGAUUGGGAAUGAAAUCAGGAAUUAUUUAUAGAAAGUAAGAAGACUUUAAAAUAAAGUGGUUUCAUAAGAAGAUAAGAAUACAGAGCUCAAACUUGUAGCUUGUAGCCAUAAUCUGACCUGUAGACUUUAUUUUUGGUGCCUGUGCAAAUGAGUUCUUUUAAUUCAGAUUGUUUUCCAGUAUUGAAAUAUAAACAGAAUAUAUAUUUCUGUUGUUUUGAUUUUAAAUAAAAUAUAAUAAAUUAAGUCAAAUUAUUUUAAAUAAAAAGCUCUAUAGAUCAACUAAGCAAAAAAGGGCUUAUCAAUUAAAAUAAAUGUGUAUUUGAUGAGAUGUUACUCAUACUUGCUAGGAUCUUCAGUGACGAGAAAACAUCAUAUUAAAUGCUGGCAAGGAUGAAAAGCCAUGGGAACUCUUAAGUUUUUAUUAAAAUACAGAAUUUAAUAUGAACAGUUAGAUACUUUUCUUCAUGACCUCAUUGGUUACAUUAAACAUUAAAUCACAAUGGUCCAUUAAAAAAAAAUUGAAACUGUUUUUCAUUAAAAAAAAAAAAAAACAGCUACACUCCAAAAUGUCUACAGUGUAUGCUAGCAUAGUAAAAGCUUUAAAAUAAAUACUAUGACUUUGCCCAAAAUGUUUUAAAAUUUUUUAUUACAGAAUCAAUUUUUGAGCUUUUUUUAAUGUAGUCACAUUUUCCCUUUCUCUUCCUUUCUCCAGGCCCUCCUAUGUAACACUCCUUGCUCUCUUUCAGUGUCAUGGCUUUCUUUUUUAUUAAUUAUUAUAUGCAUAUAUGUUUAUGUAUAUAUAUAUAUAUAUAUAUGUGUGUGUGUGUGUGUGUGUGUGUGUGUGUGUUCCUAAAUAUAACCUGCCCAGUCUAAUUCUAAUUCAUAUGUAUUAUUUCAGGGUUGAUCAUCUGGUAUUGGAUAACCAAUUGCUGUACACUUCCCUUGGGAAGACUGUUUCUCUCACUCUGAGCAUUUUUCAGCUGCUUCUAGUUCUUUGUGUAGAGUUGAGACCUUCUGAGCUUUUCUCUGUGUACUUUGGGCAUGUCUAUCAUUGUCCUUGUCCAGCUCAUGUUUAGGCUGUCAUGUUGGUGAGACUUUGGUACUACUUCUCACAUUGCUAAGAGACACAAUCUCAAAGCAACCUCCCUGAUCCUCUAGGUUUUAGGGUCAUUUUAUCUCCUUUUCCAAAAUUUUCCCUGAGCCUUAGGUCUGGGAGUGUAUGUUAUAGGAGUAUCACUUGGGAAUGGACUCCACAAUCCUGGAUUCUGAUUGGUUGUUGUUUUCUAUAAUGGCAUCUAUCUGCUGUAAAGAAAAGUUUCCUUGAUAAAUAGUGAGGACUACACAUAUCUGUAGCUAUAAAGACAAAUGUCUAUAUCAUUGUUAAUUUAGUAAAGUAGUGAUUAUAGAUUCUCCUCCAGUAUUCAUGACUUCACUAACACUGAGUAGUUAGUUGGCUAGGUUUUCAGUACCAAGCAUGGUUUCCUUCCUGUUGAGCUGGUCUUAAGUCCUAUUAGAAAGCUAUUGCUUACUGCCAAGUAUGUAUGCCACUACAGCACCCAUAAGGUAGUAGUACCAUGCUGAUCAUUUUUGUGCUUCAUUGGCAUCGUAGCUGGGUAGGAAUAUUGGCUGUUUCCCUCUUUUGGAAGCAUGUGCGAUGCCUUCUGGUACCAUGAAAGCUAGUCUUCAUGAAAAGGACAUUCGAGUCACUUUUGUCUCAGAGGUCUCCAUGCCUGGUUUCUGAAAUGCAUGGUGUCUUCAGCAGUGGACUUACCUUCUACUUCUGAGAGGUAACAAGGGGGAAAUAGCAAUAGCCCCUAUAUUUUGGAAGUUUCUUGGACAGCACUGACCAACAACUUAAAGGAGUGCUUCUCAUGUCUGAUAUUGUGAUUUUUGUUAGGUGGUCUUUGGCUCUCAGAGCAUUUUUAGCUCAAAUGAGAAAUUUUCAUUUAAUCCAUAUAUGUAUGUUUCUACACAGAAUUACACGUGUUGUAGAUUCUUUUAGAUAAAUAUGUAAUAGUAUGAUUCUUUAUGACUUUCAGACAAUUACCCUCCUCUCUCUUUAUGUACUUAUGUCCCUUCCCCUUUCCUAAAGAGCCUUCUCUUGGAAGUCCUCAUCACUGAGCAUCAAAUUCUAGGGCUCUCCUGGCCUAAAGCGUUAGCCCAGGGUACCCUAUACUUCAACCAACACUGUGGUCCCAUGGCUGUUUGUGGUAGGCACAGAACGGUGUUUUCUUUGCCUCUUCUAGCAUCCAAGGUACUAAUCUAGGAAAAGAAUUUUGGAGAUGAAGGUAGAAAAAGUGAGUACUUUGACUCAUUAUUUUUUAAUGAUAAGAUGUGGAAUAUUACAGCAAAACAUUACAGGGAACAUUGACUUUCCCUUAGCCAAACCAAAGACCAAAGCACAUUGUGGUGUAUGACCAAUGAAAUGAUGGUCCAGUUGCAUAUAUCAGGCCCAUUCGCUUCUUCACCAAGACCCUAACACAGGACAUGUACUCGACCAUUCUAGACUAUCUUUUUAAGAACGUACUUAAACUUUACCUUUUCUUUUUAUAAAAUGACAGUAUUCUGCCAAUAUCUCCUAAAUUAUCUCAAUUUUAAAGGUAAGUGUUUUCUGUGAUUUAUAGUAGUUAUCCAGAUGUGUUUAUAUUUUUAAAUGUAAUAACAAGUUUGAAGUGCUACAAUUGAUGUGUCUUUUAUGUUUAAUAGCACUUAAAAUGUGUUUUUUAUCUUGUUUCUGGGUUAUAGUUAUACUUCCCUCUCAUAAAUAUAAGUGAAAUGUAAAUUGGGAGUCCUCUAAAUCCAUGUUUUAGAAAACAGGCAUAAUACAUAGAAAUAAUUAUAUUACUAUGCUAUAGUAAGGAGAAAAACUUUUUAAUUACUUAUUUUAUUUACUUUAUAUCUCAAUUAGAACUUCUCCUCCCUCCUCUCCUUCCAGUUCCUCUCUCUUCCCUCCCCUAUACCCUCCUCCUUUUCUUAGAGAAGGUGAGACCCUCCCACAACCUGGAUAUCAACCUGCCUUGCCAUAUCAAAUAGGACUGGGUGCUUGUUCUUUUGUUGAGGCUAGACAAGGCUGUCCAGUUAGGGGAAGAGGAUCCAGAGGAUCCAAAGGAUCCAGACAACUGAGUCAGAGACAACCCCUGCUCCUGUUGUUAGAGGUCCCACAUGAAGACCAAGCUGUGUAUCUGUUAAAUAUGUGUAGGGGGCCUCAGUCUGUCCCAUGGAUGAUUUCUGGUUGGGAAAACUUUAUAAUUUCUCUCAAACUUAUGAUCACUCUUUGGAAAAAGCCAUGGAAAUACAUUUAUUUUUUUUCCCAGAUUGGCCUUACUAUAGUUACUAACAUAUUUUCAGGAACACUAGGCAUUGUCAUACAGCAGCAGACACACACAGAGCAACAGACAUGAAAUCCUUAGUGAUGUAGUAUCUUGAUGUUCAGCAUGGGUUAUAACAGUAUUUUAUGUCUUUUGCUUUUAAAUUUGAUUUAAUAGUGUACAUAUUCAUUGAGAUCAUAUAGCAUUAUCUUAUAUUUAUUCAUUAAAAAAGGAGAUUUUUAAUGAUCACCUUUG